UCUCUGUGCCUGUGAGGCUCAUUCUGAAGCAUGCAGGACACUCCAAUCUGUAGCAGGGAUGGGGCCUGAUUUGCUUGCCUUGGCUAAUGAGCUUAGCCCUCGCUGAGCAGCUUUGAGCCCUGCAGGACAGGUUGUUGUAAUGGGCACUGGUUAGCGGUUUGUUAAAGGAACCAGAGCGGAGGAGUGGAUCUCAGAAGGGGCAGAGCUGCAGCCACAGCUUCACCACUCCUCUGUUUGCCUACCAGGACCUCUACUUGUACCAGCACUGCGGCUGGGACGUCUCUCUCUCUACUCUCUCCCCUCCCUCUCUCCUCUGCCUCUCUCUGACGCUACCUGACUCCCCUCUCUCUCCGUCUCCGUCCGUCCCAGAGCACUGACAAACUGCUUUUGUAGCUGCAUCACCUCUCAGGCAGCUGCCCCUCUUUCUACCCAAUCCUUCCAUCUCUUUCAGUUCUUUUCUGUCUCCCCCCUCUCCCUUCGACUUUGUUGCCAAAAUGUAUCGGAACCCGUGGAUCUCGAAUUACCUGACUCAUGUCAAGUUUUGCAGCCAAGGCCUCGGGAGUGAGACCCCCAUUAAACUAAGCAACCCCAGACUGCUACAGAAGAGAGCUUUGAGCUUCCAGAAAGAAUUCUCCUUCGACGAAAAAGACGACCCAGCAAAAAGCACCAAGGAUAUAGAUGUUAGUCUCUUGGCCAAUCUCCCCAAAGUCUCUGAAUUGAGGAAACGAUUUGAAGGCAUUACAACAAGCUCAAGUGACUGGGAAAUGAACAGAAAGGAACGUAUCGCCCGGCGGCUGGAGGGCAUCGAAGGUGAGGUGCAUCCGUCUCUGCUGCCUAGCUUGGUGGCCAACCGGCUUCUUGAGGAGGACACACCACGAUACACCAGGGCCUCCGACCCCUGCGAGCCCUGUGGUGUGACACUCCAGCGGUAUGGCACGGAGGGAUUCGAAAGCCCAGAGAUGCAGCUCACGGCUCCAGAACGGCAGUCCAGAGCCCGAUGCAGACCUGACCCCCAGUCCUCCAUCCACACAGAGCCCGUCUACACUUCAAGCUCUGCUCCCAGUGCCCCAGAGCUGGAGUCCAAGGCCGAACGCAUCGCCCGCUACAAGGCGGAGCGGCGCAGGCAGCUGGCUGAGCGCUAUGGCAUCUCUUUAGAUCAGGAGCCGGAGGUGGACCAACCACCCCGCUACACUCGCACCUGGAAGGAGUCAGAAGGCUCAGAGAGGCGUCACAGAGGAGAGUCGGCAGGGGAGGACGGCAGGGAUAUCACCCUGAGCCCAAGGGCAGCACGCACAGCGCCUCAUCACGGCCACCCCGACUCAGGUUACGAGACGGGUCGAAGCAGGGCGGACUCGUUCUCAGAGAGGGAGAGGCUGAUGAACCUGGAGAAUCAACGCAGAGCUGCUCCUCCUGAGCCUCCGUCCUCGUCCUCAUACAUGGAUGUGACAUCAUUGUCCUCAGCUGCCAGGGUGCCCUCCAAGGACUACGCAGUCACAGGGAUGCCGCCCAGUUCCCCCAAGCUGAACAGGCAACCUUCCCUCUCCUCACCUAAGCAUGGUGUGUCUCCUGGGGACUUAUUCAUCGAGCAGCAGGCCCACAACAUCCUCAGCCGACAGGGAAUCAGAGUUAGAGAGAGGCUUGCCAGGGAGGAGGGUCGCCAGAGGAGCCCAGAGCUGGGAAAUGUUACAGAAGCCCCGGUGUACCGCAGACAGUUUCAACACCAGGCUCAAACCUCUACACGCCACCACACAGACCCACCAGGCCCCCACCAGGUUUACUCCCAUCCCCACCAUCACCCCCAGGCUCAGCUCACCCGAGGUGGACCACAGGGAGGACAAGAAGUCAGCGGUUACCCCAGCUACCUGUCCAUGGCCUCUGGUCCCACAUCCAGAGCUGGGCAGCAGCAGCAGGAGGAAGAGACAGAUGUGUCAGAGGAUGUGAAAACAGAGGGUCUUCUGAGGAGCAGGAAAGCAGUGUUGCCUUCUGAGAUCCGCCGCAGGGAGAAGAGCACUGAGGACCCACGGAGAGGAAGAGGAGAAGAGGAUCUAGGGAUGUCCAGGGCACUGAGUCUCAGCCAGGCAAGGGAGGCUGAGGCAGAGGAUCCUGCAAGAGGAGGACACCGAGGCAGAGCCAGGUGGGACGACACAGAGCACACCUCCCGUCUGCAAGCAUCAGAGAGCAGGCACAGAGAGCGGGACACUGCCAUCUAUAUCCAAAAAGGGAUGGCUGCCACCCACGUCCAGCCCAGAGCGCCACAUGCAGGCCAAGGAAGCGCCACCUCUAGCACAGCCCUGAGCCGCUUGGUGUCAGACGCUGGGGCAGGUCAACGGAACCUGCAGCACCAGACCCACGACCCCAGAGAGGUCAGGGAGGGUGACGGCUUUGGUAACAGAGAGAGUCACCAGGACAGCCGGGUGUCUGUGGCCCAGCUCAGACACUCCUACAUGGAGAGCACCACCACUCCUCCGACCAGCCGCAGGAACGAGCUUGAGCUUGAAGGGGACGGGGCGCUCGCAGGCUACGAGGCCCCAAGGAGAGGGGAGAGGGACAGGGGGCGCAGGCCCCGGCAGUAUAUCUAUCCCGGGGAGAGUAGAAAGACCUCAGAGAGGUUUAGGACGCAGCCCAUCACUUCUGCUGAGCGCCAGGAGACUGAUAGGUCCUGUGUGAGUUCAGAUCUUGCCACUGCUGAAGCUGAUGAAGAGAAGCUCGAUGAACGGGCCAAGCUGAGCGUAGCAGCCAAGCGCUCUCUCUUCAGGGAACUGGAGAAAAGCAUUGAUGGCGGAGCUCCUAAACUUCGCUCCAGGAAUGCAGCGGUGGACAGGAGACUAAGACGGACACAAGACCGAUCCAGAACUCAGCCUGUCACCACUGAGGAGGUCGUCAUCGCUGCUACCGUCCCCUCUCACGUGCCACACACGGUGACUGUGCACACUGCUGUGGCACGCGUCCCUAGCCCCACCCUAGUUUGCAGCACUGUCCCGCCAUACAGCCUGCAGGCAUCCUCGCAGCAGAGCGCAGCCGCCCGGGAUCAGGCGCAGGAGACACGAAGGCAGCGGGAGGCCCAGCAGGUAAAGGAGGUCCGGCAGAUGCAGGAGACCCGGGAGGUCCAGAGCUCUAAGCCCGUGUCCACAGUGGAGGGCAAAGACCAGAGCCAGGGUCAGGGGGGUCAGGAUGAGCCUGACCUCUGCACCCUCAGCCUGGCAGAAAAGAUGGCUCUGUUCAACAGACUGGCUCAGCCCCCCAUCAGGGUCACCCGCACCAGAGGGGACACACGCCAGCGCAGGGCCAACGCUCGCUACCAGACACAACCCAUCACACUGGGAGAUAUGGAGCAGGAGCCUUCAGACAUAGACUUCAGGGAUGAACAGGAGCUGUGUGACAGCCCAGUAGAGCACCUACAACUUCAAAACGGCACAGGCUCUCGCUACGGAGAUCCCCCAACUUCAUCAUCUCCCUCCGCUCUGAGAGAAGGCACCGUCUCCACGGACCACGCCGGAGACAUCCACAUAACCCGAGCUCCCAGCUCUGACAGGGCUCUGCCCCCUCGCCACCCAGACGGCCCCGCCUGGAGGUCCCUGGGAGAAGACGCAGCAGAUCUGGGAGGAGGGAAGAGGAAGCUGCCCUCUCCUGAAGCAGCGGUCAGACAGGCCGCUCUGCCCCAGCCACAGACUGGGAGAGAGAGGAGGGAGGUGGUGGAGGAGGAGGAGGGGCAGCAGUGGCAGACCAGGGGGUGGGGAGACAAAGCGGUGCAGAGCUCAGAGAGGCACAUGCUCCAGGAGAGGCAGGAGGACGGACACUGCCGGGACAGCCAGAGGAGCAGGGCCAUCAGUGGAGAGCUGCAGGAGUCUAAUGUGGUAACAUCCAGAGCAGCGGCUGGUUCGGCGGAUGCACACACAGACGGCCUGGUUCAGUUUGAGGACGACGAGGAGAUGAGCGACGCGAUGAUGGCCAGACACAUGUCCAUCAGAGAGAGAGUGGCCUUGUUGAAGAAGAGCGGCGAGGAUGACUGGAGGAACAGGAUCAAUAAGAAGCAGGAUGUGGCGAAGGUUGCCGUCGGCGAGCAGCACGCUCAGCUGUGGGAGGUGGAGCAGAGCUUCAAGAAGAAGGACGAUGAAGCACUGAUGAUGAUCGAUGAGUUUGCAGUGUCCGACCAGCUCUGGGAGCCAGUCUUUGCCUCUACUUUCUCUCCCGAGCCUCCUCUCCUUUCUCCUUCCCCUGAUGAGUCAGCCAGCCAGACCACCAGAUCUCCCAGACCCAUGCAGGUGGAUGAGAGACACCCCUGGAGACGGAAGAGGAUAGCUGAGGCUGAGAUGGAGAGCCAGGGCAUGGAUGCCCACAUGUCCAUCCAGGAGAGGAAACAGCUGAUAGUAGCCCAAGAGGAGGCGUGGAAGACGAAAGGACACGGAGCCGCCAACGACUCCACCCAGUUCACCGUGGCUGCACGAAUGGUGAAGAAAGGGUUGGCCUCCCCCGCAGCCCUCCAGUCUCCAGUGUCCUCCAAACCCAAGAUCAGCAGCGUGGCCAUCUCCAAACCACAGGAAGAGAUCAAGGCCGUACCAGAGCUGAACCUGGAGUCUGACCUGAAGCUGGAUAAACUGGAGUCAUUCCUCGGCAAGCUCAACAGUAAAGUGUGCGGACUGCCAGAAGCGACCAUCACAGUCACACAGAAGAAGGUAAAGGAAGUAAUGACCCUCGAAGAUGAAACGUUUUCCAAGUUCUACCGCCAAAUGGAGGAGCUCCCCGCCACCACCAACAAGGUGGAGAUAGACGAAGACUUUGACGCCAUCUUCGGUCCCCAGGUGCCAAAGCUGACCUCGGAGAUGGUGCAGCACAAGCGAGCAGUGCGCCCGGCGCGUAACGUCCAGUCGUCUAGAAACCCUCUGAAGAUGCUGGCUGCCAGGGAGGACAUCAGACACGAGUACACGGAGCAGAGGCUCAACAUCGGCCUGCUGGAGAGCAAGAGGAUGAAGGCUGAGAAGAUGAAUAAGAACUCUGGUUUCUCUGACGUGGCUCUGGCUGGCCUGGCGAGCAAGGAGAACUUCAGCAACGUCAACCUGCGCAGCGUCAACAUCUCCGAGCAGAUGUCCAACAACAGCGCCGUGCCGUACAAGAAACUCAUGCUUCUACAGGUCAAAGGCCGACGGCACGUCCAGACCAGGCUGGUGGAGCCCAGAGCGUCCUCCCUCAACAGCGGCGAUUGCUUCCUGCUCAUCACGCCGCAUCACUGCUUCGUCUGGACCGGAGAGUUUGCCAACGUCAUCGAAAAGAACAAAGCGUCAGAGUUAGCAAACUUCAUCCAGAGAAAGAGGGAUUUGGGUUGCCGAGCGAACUACGUCCAGGUCAUCGAGGAGGGCGUCGGCACGAACAGCCACGCAGCCAAGGAUUUCUGGAAGAUUCUGGGAGGGCAGUCGAGCUAUCAGUCUGCAGGAACUCCAGAUGAGGACGAGCUGUACGAGGGAGCCAUCGUGGAGACAAACUGUAUUUACCGCCUGAUGGAUGACAAACUGGUCCCAGAUGAUGAUUUCUGGGCCAAGGUGCCCCGUUGUUCCCUGCUCGACCCCAAGGAGGUGUUAGUGUUUGACUUUGGCAGCGAGAUGUACAUAUGGCAUGGAAAGGAAGUGACGCUGGCACAGAGGAAGGUGGCCUUCCAGCUGGCCAAGCACCUGUGGAAUGGCACCUUCGACUACACAAACUGUGACAUCAACCCGCUCGACCCCGGAGAGUGCAACCCACUCAUACCCAAGAAAGGUCAGGGCCGACCUGACUGGGCGGUGUUCGGCAGACUGACUCAACACAACGAAACCACCCUGUUCAAAGAGAAGUUCCUGGACUGGAGCGAAUCGAGGAAAUCACCCAGUCCCACAAAAAACAACGACCUCAUCGCCGAUCAAAAGGAGCAGCCCACAUCCGAUCAGCCCCAUGUGUACAACGCCUCCCUGAUGCUGCCCGUCAAUCAGGCGCCCAUCUGCACCAAACUGGACGGGUUUAACGUGGGGCGGGGCUACGGCCUGGUGGAGGCGGAGGAGUGGCGGAGCUACGAGAUCACCACGCUGGGGGUGGAGGUGUGGCACAUCCUGGAGUUCGACUACAGCCGCCUGCCGCGCCAGAGCAUCGGGCAGUUUCACGAGGGCGACACGUACGUGAUGAAGUGGAAGUACAUGGUCAGCACUGCAGUUGGAAGGAGACAGAACCCGGAGCAGCAGAAGACGGCGGGGGCGGGGAAGGAGAAGUGCUGCUACUUCUUCUGGCAGGGCCGCAACUCCACCGUCAGCGAGAAAGGAACAUCUGCACUGAUGACGGUGGAGCUGGACGAGGAGCGGGGAGCACAGGUUCAGGUGCAGCAGGGUAAAGAGCCGCCAUGUUUUCUGCAGUGCUUCAAAGGAGGGAUGGUCAUCCACUCAGGGAGGAGAGAAGAGGAGGAGGAGAACUCCCAGAAUGACUGGCGCCUGUACUGUGUGCGAGGGGAGGUGGAGGUGGAGGGCCACCUGCUGGAGGUGGCCUGUCACUGCAGCAGCCUGCGCUCCAGGGUCUCGAUGGUGCUGCUGAGUGUCAGCCAGGCCCUCAUCUACCUGUGGCACGGCUGCAAGUCUCAGGCACACACGCGGGAGGUGGCACGCACCGCCGCCAACAAAAUCAAAGAACACUGUCCUCUGGAAACAGGCCUCCACAGCAGCAGCAAGGUGACCAUCCGGGAAUGUGACGAGGGAGCCGAGCCCUCAGGAUUCUGGGAACCUCUCAGCAGGAGGGACAGGAAAGCGUACGACUGCAUGCUGCAAGACCCAGGGAGGUUUAACUUCUCGCCACGUCUGUACCAGCUGAGCAGCAGCUCGGGGGAGUUUGCAGCUGUGGAGUUCCUGUUCCCUGCCAGAAACCCUAAGGAGGUCAACUCUAUGCCUUUCCUGCAGGAGGACCUUUAUGCAGCUUCUCAGCCAGCCCUGUUCCUGGUGGACAACCACCACGAGGUGUAUCUGUGGCAGGGCUGGUGGCCUCAGGACAGCGAAAGCACCGGCUCAGCCCGGAUCCGCUGGGACUCGGACAGGAAGUGCGCCAUGGAGACGGUGCUGCAGUACUGUAAAGAGAAGAAUGGGAAGAAGCCUCCCAAAGCGUAUCUGAUCCACGCUGGUCUAGAGCCGCUCACCUUCACCAACAUGUUCCCCAGCUGGGAGCACAGAGAGGACAUCGCUGAGAUCACUGAGAGGGAGGCAGAGGUGUGUAACCAGAUUAUUCUAGUGGAGGACGUGUUGGCCAGGCUGUGUAAGACCACAUACCCGCUGGCAGAGCUUCUGGCCCGGCCACUUCCUGAGGGCGUGGACCCGCUUCGCCUGGAGGUCUACCUGUCUGAUGAGGACUUUGAGGGUGUAGGGGAUAAUGGGAAGAAAGCCCUGGAGAUGAGCAGAGAGGAGUACGGGGGUUUGCCCGGAUGGAAGCAGGUGAACUUGAAGAAAGCCAAGGGACUUUUCUGAGUGGUUGAAACAGAGCUCUGACCUGAGGACACCAGGAUGUUGUUUGUCUCCUCUUCUGUUUACGUGUGGACACAGCAGAGGCUCAGGGGCCGCCUCUCCUGAGUCAACCCUUCGAUGGAGGGUUGAGGAGUGAUGAAGGUAUGGAAAAGGUGAUCAGUGGACGAGAGGUGUGCCAGCUUCUUGUGCUGCGGAUUUCCCUCCCAUCUGCUUUUUGUGUUGGUAUUGUGGUCGUGUGAGUAGGAGCAAACGUAGGCGAAUGCACUUCUGAGUGAAUGUGUUCUUUAAAAUCACUCUGGAAACUUGGAGUUUCAGAUGACGUCCAUGAGCACGGAGUGCUGGUGGAAGAACUUUACUGAAUUUAAUGUUAAUGUACAUAUGUACCAUACGCACAACAGCCCAGUGCCCUUACAUUGCAGCCAUGUGUCAGAGUGGGAGCAGGCCUGUCAACCUGCUCCACACACUCCACAUCACACUCUGCUAUUCUUGUAUGUAUGUUUGUGCAUUACAGAUAAUUUAUAUUUAUCAAAUCCACAUAGGAAUUUUUUAAAAAGCAGCGUCAUGAAUAUUCACCAAGCUAAAACCGAUUGAAUGAGCUGUGUAAUUAAUGUGGAGGAGGUCUGUGUCAUAUGUUGAUAGAUAGUGGAUAUUACAGAACUCUCCCUCGCUGUACAGAUCACCAUUUGCCAUUUACAAAUCAAGCGAUGCAGCUGCGUUGAAAUGCAUCGAGUGUCAUUAUUGUUUCAGGCAGAGAAAAAAGGACACAGGCUGGAUGCACGGCGAGGACAGUGACGAUGAAAUGUAUUUGAUUUUUCAACCCUACAGUGUAUAGUGCCUUGCUUUUGUGUACAGUUUAUAUACAGAUCCUAGUCUGCAUUUUGAAGACUUUUUUUGUGAUAUAAAGAAAUAUUAGAGAAAUAAACUCUGAAUGUUGGA